CACACACUGAGGACUCUUAUUCUGAAAACACACCACAGACACACACUGAGGACUCUUAUUCUGAAAACACACCACAGACACACACUGAGGACUCUUAUUCUGAAAACACACCACAGACACAUUCUGGUGAGACUGAAGAGUGCAGCACUCAACACACACAGUCUGAAGAGUCCAGCUCACUUUGGGCUGAACCAGAUGAGUCUGACCCCCACUGGGAAAUGGAAGAGGAGGAGGAGGAGGAGGAGGAGAUCAGCUGUGAGGAGCCUGGUGGAGGAAGAACUUCAGAGCUUCAGACUGAAGGUCUCAGCAGUGCGCUGUGUCCAGUCCACUCACAGGUCAGUCUGUCUACUGGUCCCAGAGCAGCAGAACCACAACAACCAGCAGCCUCGCUACAGCUGGACCAGUCAGCUGGUCACACACUCCAGCUACAGCUCAUCCAGUCCUCCCAGUCCCACCAGUCCAGCUUCUACAGUGUGCUGUUGAGAUCUGGAGCUCUGUGUCUGCCAGGGACCAGAGACAGAAGUGGCCGAGCUGUGCUGACGGUCUGUACCGCAAACGCCGUUUGGUCGAACCCUGACUGUGACAGCUCAGAGCUGCUCCGCCUCCUGCUCUACUACACUUCCACCCUCAGGAAGGAGGUGAGAGCGUCUGGGCUGACGGUGCUGGUGGACGCCCGCAGAGCCGCUCCUGUUCCUGCCCUGUUCUCCGCCCUCCGCUCCCUGCAGGAGAACAUACCAGGCUCCCUCCACACUGUGUUGCUGCUGGUCAACAAAGACUCGUCUCUGCAUGUGGACAAACCUGCAUCUACACAGGUGGAGGUGUUGAGCUCUCUGAAGUCAGUUCAGAAGCUGGUGGAUCUCCAGCAGCUUCCUGCAGAGUUUGGAGGGUCUGGGAGCUUCAGUCAGAGCAGCUGGCUCUGCUUCAGAUUGAGAGUGGAGCAGCUGAGCAGUCAGUGCCGAAACGUCAUCAAGCUGCUGCAGAAAACCAUCAACAUCCUGCAGUCCACACCUCUGCCUGCUGCAGCUCAGGAUGCCGAGCUGCUGUUGUCCAGGUACAAGGCGGUGAUGCGCAGCAUCCUUGAGGACAGCCGAUUGGUGCAGUUACAGCAGGAGGGCGGAGCCUCGUUGUCGCGGCUCCGCAGCAUCAGUGUGACAGGAGAUCAGCGGGCGGCGGUGGAAACGGUGUCCACUCUGUACGACGAGGUGGACGAGCUGCUGCACCGCCUGGUGACUCUGUCCAACUCCAGGACUCAGGAGCUGCACUUCAUUGUGGAGUUCAGGAGUCUGGAGCAGGGCUUCUCUGAGGUGAGGGCGUGGCUGGAGGAAGUCGGGGAGCCUUGUCUGAAGAGUCUGGAUGAACCAAAGGAUUCUCUGGAGCUCCUGAACAAAAAACAACAGGAUUUCAGAGAUUUCCACACGGCUGCAUAUGAGCGCUGUAGGCGAGCUGAGGCGUUGCUUACGAGUCUGGAGCGUUGGGGUGACGUGUCAUCAGCUGAGCUCCACGACUACGAGGUUAAAGUUCAUUCUUUCUGGGCUCAGCUUCAGGAUUUCUCCCAGCGGGUCAAGACCACAGGCCAGAACAUCGAGCGGGCUGUUCGACUCUACCGCUUCUUAGACCAGGCCUAUGGCUGGGCGCUGGAGGGUAUGCGUCACCUAGCUGCUAUCAGUAUGGAGGAGUGCACGCUGCCAGACAAAUGCCAGGCUGUGAUUGCCUGCCUGGAGGACUACCAGCGCGAGCACCCAUCAAUCCCAGACGGUCGUUUUCAAGAGAUGAAGGUGGUGGCGGGUGAGCUGCGGGGCGAGCGAGGCCUCCAUCAGUGGAGCUUUGCUUGGUCCAAGUGUCAGGAGACCAAGAAGAUGUUUGACAGGAAGAUGGAGGCGGCCCUCAGGACACGAGACUCCGCCCACAGGCAGCGCUCUGACUCCACCGACAGCAGAAGCUCCACCUCCUCCACAAAAACACUGUCAGGACUCUGGGGGCUCCGUGAGAUCUCCUCCUCCUGCCCUCUUGAGGAUGACACCAACUCCUCCUCACCUCCUCGUAACACCACCACCUUCUCCUCCUCCUCCCUGCUCCCUGUCACCUCCACCCCUGCUCCUGCCUCCUCCCCUUUCACCUCCCACCACACACGGCUCCUCCGGCGUUUGUUCCGCAGUGCCUCCUCAGAGGAGCCAUCAGACAGGGUGGAUGUCUCCUCCUCCAGCCCCAGCCUCCUCCACCCCGGCUCCUCUGCCAGCUUCACCCCCUCGUCAGCAGGAUCCACCUCCUCAUCCCCCUCCUCCUUUUUCAGCAGACGGCAGCAGCUCAGGAAGACUCAGAGCUUUGACUGUCCCUCCACCCCUGAGGUGUCGCGGUACGGACCGUGUACCCGCGCCCUCAGUGAGCCGGUGCGCAGAGGAAACACGGGCGUAUUCAUCCGCGGUCUGGAGGUGAGCAGCACCGAGGCAGCCGACCGCACGCUCUGCCCCAGGACUGCUGCUCACGGCUGGGCAGGGCAGGGGCUGUACAGCCCCGGGACACCCAGAACCAACGGCAGCCCGGCAGCAGAUGCCCAACCCAGGGGAAGGUGGGUAAUCAGUAAGCUGCGUCACAUCGUGGAGGAGAUGGUGACCACAGAGCGGGAGUACGUUCGCUCUCUGCGUUACAUCAUCCACCACUACUUCCCUGAGAUGGACCGAGCCGACCUUCCUCAGGACCUGAGGGGGAAACGCUCCGUCGUCUUCGGAAACCUGGAGAAGCUUCUGGACUUCCACAGUCAGUUCUUCUUGAGAGAGCUGGAGGCCUGCUGGAAACACCCGCUCAGAGUGCCACACUGCUUCCUCCGACACCAGGAGCAGUUCAGUCUGUACGCUCUGUACAGCAAGAACAAACCGAAGUCUGACGCUCUGCUCUCAAACCACGGCAACUCCUUCUUCAGGAAGAAGCAGGUGGAGUUAGGAGAUAAGAUGGACCUGUCGUCCUACCUGUUGAAACCUGUCCAGAGGAUGAGUAAAUAUGCUUUGCUUCUCACUGACCUCAUGAAGGAGGUGGGUGUAGCUCAGGAGGCGGAGCUCGCAGCACUGCAGGCAGCCACUCACAUGGUCAAGUUCCAGCUUCGCCACGGCAACGACCUGCUGGCAAUGGACGCCAUCCGAGACUGUGACGUGAACCUGAAGGAACAGGGACAGCUCAUCCGUCAGGACGAGUUCACUGUCUGGACCGGGAGGAGGAAAUGUCAGCGUCACGUCUUCCUGUUCGAAGAGCUCAUUCUCUUCAGUAAACCCAAGAAGAUGGAGGGAGGACUGGACGUCUUCAUUUACAAACACUCGUUCAAGACAGCAGAUGUGGGUCUGACAGAGUCCACGGGAGACAACGGCCAGCGCUUUGAGAUUUGGUUCAGAAGGAGGACGUCCAAGAGUCAGACCUUCAUUCUUCAAGCCUCCACACCGGACGUCAAACAUGCCUGGACCACCGACAUCGCCCGAAUCCUGUGGACACAGGCCACCAAGAACAAAGAAAUGCGUCUGAAGGAGAUGGUGUCGAUGGGGGUGGGCAGCAAACCAUUUCUGGACAUCCAGCCGAGUGACGCGGCCAUCAGCGACCGAGCUGUUCACUACAUCAUGAAGAGCAGAGGGGCCAGAACACGGGCGUCCAUUGCUGUUUCGGUCUUCGAUCACUCUAACCCUUUUAAAGGAGGAAUGGUGACCUCUGACCCUCCGUCAUCUGGACCGUCAUCAUCCAGCCUGCUGGGCCCACUCAACCUGCACAUGUACAGCCAAACCCUUCCCUCCUCUCCUGCUGCUGAAAGCUCCUUCACCACUUCCUGUAUUGAGGAAGACGAGCAGGAGCACGAGACCAGCAGCCAGCCCUCCAUGACCACAGAGAGUUCAGGCUCGUCGUCUCACUGUCUGUCCGGCUCCACUGGCUCUGACAGCGGCUGCGUGUCCUCCCACCUGCAGGAGGCGCUGCCCGACGAGCCGAGCCGCCCCGUUCAGCCCUCCUCCUCGUCCUCCUCGUCCUGCUCCUCCAACAAGCAGCACGUCAACAGCCAGUACAUUUCAGCUAUGGCGGCUCCAGUCAUCAGCCCAGUCACCAUCGUGUGAGUCAGCUGACCGAUGGACUCGACUGCCUGUCUUCCUGCUGCAGUCUGUGGACUCCUGUAAAUAACGACUGUUAGAGUUGAUAAAGUUGGUCUCUCGUUGGCAGCUGCAGUUUGUAGUUUCUCUGAGCUGCUCUGGGGUCAGCUGGACUAACUGUACAUGUGUGUAAAUAGAGCCACAGCUCAGCAUCUGCUGUUACUUUUCUUACUUGAAAAAUAAAAAAAAUGAGUUUGUUCAAAACUGACGUUGCAGCAUCUGUUUGUGUCAGUGAGCAGUUAGCUCCAGGGCUAACUGCUAACAGGAUAUCAUGUGGGUCAUGUGACAUCAUCGCGGUGUGUUUGCUGUUCUGAGGUCAGCUGAAGACUUCGUCUCAGCUGGUAGUUUUCCUUCAGCGCCAACAGCAGCCGACUCUUCAUCCUCUCCUGAAACAUACACACACACACAGCGAGUGUGUGUGAGGCGUCAGGACAUCAGAAUGUUUUGAUCCACAGCAAACUGGUUUCAGAUUUCCACAAAACCACCACAGUCUGAUGUCUAAAUGAGUAUUAUUCUGACAGUUUUCAUACCCACCUGCUCAGGUGUUUUGUGUUCAGUACAUGACGUUUGUAUACGUUUAUUUAAAAUGUGAACUACACAUUAAUGUCUGUGACAAAGCUGUCAGAUUUUCAGAGAAAAUCAGAGAAUAAUUUAAGUGCAUCUCAAAGUGAGGGAGGCCCAGUGAAACAUGGACUGAAGCUGUUGUCCUGCGGGCAUCCCGAGCCCUGAGCUGUGGCUGCAGGACCAGCACCUCCGGCCCUCAUCAUCAGUGUGACCUCAUUCACACGGGAACAGCUGGUUGGAGGACAAAGUUGAUUGUGUUUGUGUCACUGACCAGUUGAAGUUCAGUUCUCUCCAGUUUCCUCCUCAGCAGGACCAGUUCACAACUCUGUGAAGUCCCCUUGGCCGGCGGGCCGCGCCCCCCUGCAGGCUGCAGCAGCUCCGACAGGAGGUCGUAUGAUCCACCUGAACACACCACCGACAGGUGAGAAAACCUUAAAGUUCAGCUCAUCUGACCCAUUCAAGAAAAACCCAAUCUGUUUGAACAUCUCUCAGAACUGUUUGGUCUCUGGAUGUGCUGAGGCUGGAUCUGAUCUAAUUCAGAUCUGACAGGAGUGUUGGACGCCACCGGCUCAGGCCGUCAGUCCGCACGGCAGAAAAUUCAUGUGCAGCAGUCUUUAAAUUCUGUUUAGAGUCUGCUUGUUGAUAUCAAUAUGUGUGACGGGGUGUUGCAGCACUAAUAAUACAAGCUUUUUCUACAGAUUUUAUUUUAGAAGGUGUUUGAACCACAAUAAAGAUGGCGGGGGGCGGGGUUUACUGAGGAACUGCUGGUGUCGCCGGAGGGAUCCGGGUCCAUUCCAGUGCUGCUCCACCAGCUGCAGCAGACCGCCGAGCACCACCGACAGCUCCGACACACCAACAGACCCGCCGCUCUGAAACACAAACGGCAAACCUCAACCGUAAGCUGACAGACAUGUUCGGACAGAAUCGUCUCCUCCCACUGACCUGAAGGGACCAGGUGUCUGACCAGGUGUGGCCCUGCGGACGAUCAGCAGAAACACCCACUUCCUGUGAGUGCUGAGCAGCAUCAUUCAGAUCUGCAGAGAGAGGAAGACACAGGUGGAUUCCUGGAACGACGCUGCCUCCUGCUGAUGAGUCUGGAAACAACAACUGACUGAAGUCACCAGUGAAGUCAUCAAGACUCCUCUGAAGACGAUUGGCUGUUAGAACAAUUACACUCCUCAUCGCCUGAUGACGAGGAGGAGGUCUAGGAGACCUCUGACCUGUGGUUAAAGUCAGCAGCGGUUGGAAAAGUGGAGUUGACACAGUCUGACCUUCACCUGGAUCCUCCUCCUCCUCCUCCUCACACAGCCUCGAGUCCCAACUGAAGGUCACUCUCGUGCCCCUGGUUGGUCCGGACCGCAGACAGGAGCGAGGAGGCCGGGCCACAGGACACCUGUCUGCAGACGUACAAACACAAUUCAUAGUAGAGGAAGUGGAGAGGAGCCAUCACUACACCUCCUCUGGUUUUCUACGGUAUGUUGGGGGAGAAAGUGAAGAGAAGCGGGAGGCAGAGGAGCACCUGGACCCCACCCCCUUAGUCACGGACAUGAGGAGGAGAUAAACUCACCUUCAUCACAGCUCUUCAUGUGGAGGAAAGUGCCACACCUGAGGAGAGAAGGAAGACGAAUCCUCUCUGUCCUCUUCUGAGUGUCCUGCAAAUCUGCUCCCAGGUGCACUGACUCACCUGAGGACCUCUUAUGUGGUUCUCCCUGAAGGCCCAGAUCCUCUCAGCUGGUCUGGGUUCAUCCUGCCGGUCUCAGGACUCCUGCAGAGACGACUGGUAGAGACUUCCUAUCCUGCUGCAGGUGAGUGUUUGUGUUUGGUCGUCAAGGCGACAGUUUGUCUGGAGUACAAACACACACACUGCAGCAGGUUAAAUCAUCUCCCACCGAAGCAUUUCUGAUUGAUUUGUGAUUUGUCCUCAUUAACUGAUCAUUACUAAGUAAUCAAAGGCUGCCAUCUCUGUUAGAAGCAAUAACAAACAUCUCAAACGAGACUGUAAACAUGCUUCAAACUCACAAAUAAAAUUUAAGCUUUUUUAAAAAAUGAAAACUCCAACAAAACAACAGACUGAUGUAAAAAUUUAAUAUUUGUCUUAGAAAUGUUGAUGCCGGAGGUCCAACAGGAAGCAGAGACACGAGACGCUCAGGUCAGUUUUCUGUCUCGGUCCUCCUGCGGCUUCAUGUUGUCAUGACAUGAUUAUCGGUUAUUGUUCAGCUGAUUAUCAAAACUGAAGUCCACUUCGGUUCAGUUCAAACCGUUCACUUCCUGACUUCUUUCAGACACAGGAAGUGAUGUCGUCUUUACCUUUUUGCUUCUCAACAUUUUGAACAAACUGAACGAGACGUCACUUCAGUAUUGAUCUGCACUGAUCGGGUGAUUCUGUGUGUAUCUGACAGUCCGUAAACACAACACUUGACAGCUUUUCACUGUAGAAAACGUUUUCCACUCUGAUGAAGUGAAGAUGAUGUCGUCGGAGUGACGAAGAGCUCCGAGCUGGGACAUCAGCCAUUUCAGCGUUUCAAAAGGAGCUGAGUUUAUAAAUCAGUCAUUUGGUGUAAAGUAAUGGUGAGUAUCAUGAAAUUAGAAUGAACGCAGCUGCACCUGAAUGCAGCGUUUUGAAGACAUGACUGAAGUAUUUCUGAUUAAUACAAAAAUAAGAAUUAAACAACAGUUUGAUUAAAAAAAA